AUUGAAAAUCGUGUUGGUUUCAAAGAUUUCCGCUGUACGUUUGUUAUGCUUGUCAGUUAGGAUGUUAGCUAGCUGAUCACCAAAACGAACUGCGUAUACUAAGAAAUUCGGUGUUUUUAUGACUGGCUGCUCGAAUGAACCCAACACAGAUGAAGGUAAAUCAGAGGGUAUAAAGGUUAAGGCCUUGUACGCGGUUUCAUUAACAUCGUGGUUCGUUCAUCUCCAAUCUAGAGGCAAUAUCACGGUCUUUAUCACCGAGAAACAGCCGUCAAUCAUGUCGUAACGGUGGACACGAUUUAGUUAAUCAACUGGACGCAAGAAUUGCUACGUACAACGACGCAAUUAUCUUCUCAACUCGGAAAUACUUACUGCUGGUGAUUCGUAGUCGUCUGGACCGUUCAACGGGUAUAGCUUUUGGCUCUUUUCGGGGACCAUUCACCAAGAAGUAUCUUUCUUGGUCCUUACAUACGCACUUGGAGUAUUCGGUCAAAGUUGCUGAUAAAGUGAGAGGAACUGAGUACCAAGUUCCUGUUGUUUUAGGCAAGAAGAUUCUGAAUAUCCUGUACGCACUGACUGAUCAUCCAGUUCUAGUGUUUUGCGAAUGUAGUAUGAAGACACUCAAAAAAUGGGAUUUGGAAGCCGCUGCUGCACGUGUACGUCGAAUACCUCAACCCUAUCGUGCUUCGUUGCGAGGCCCUACUAGUGUUAGAAAAAUAUUCCGUAAACAAGAAGAUGCUAUCAAUUUCGCCAAACAAUUUGGUCAGGAGAUGAUGGUAUUCAGCUAUGAAAGUUUGUCCCUUGGCGUUGAAGGCCAACGUAUGUUCUUAGCCUCUGGUAUUCAAUCUUUUUUCCAUGCUUACAGGCAAAUGGAACCUUCUGCACGUUGCCAUUAUGAGGUAAUCAUGGUCGACAGACCAGCCAAAUUGUAUUUGGAUCUAGAAUUUUGCAAGCUAUCGAAUGAAAAUAAAGAUGGAGUGAAGGCCGUGAAUAAUUUUAUGAAAGCUUUAUGUGCUUGUAUCAAAUUUUUCUAUGGGAUCAGUAUUAGCCUCAAUGAAAUAGUUACUUUGGAUGCAAGCACUCCGAAGAAAUUUAGUCAGCACAUUAUAGUCAAUAAUGAAAAUCUUGUGUUUCAGAACAAUUUGGAACAAGGGCAACUUAUCCGUAUACUCUGUAAGAGUUUAGCGCAGUACAGUUUAUUGAAUACUGAUUUUGCAUACACAGAUGACUGUUCCGAUUGUUCAUCACAAAUUUCAAAGUUCACACAAAGUGUCUUGCCUAAAAUUGAGUUUACCGAAAAUGAUGCCAAAAGUUGUUUUGCUCUUCCUAAAAUGACUCAGUCAAAUCAUAAUAAUAAUAAUAAUUUAUGGACAAGUGUAUGUGACGUCGGUGUAUAUACACGUAAUCGAAACUUUCGAUUGGCUGGUUCAUGUAAAUUAUCCGGUAGUGGAUUAUUAUUACCAUACAGUACAAUAAAUAAAGAUGUGGAGUUUUCAAGUAUAUGGCGUAAUUGGCGAUCAUGGGCGCCUACUCUUGUCACCUAUGUUGAUGUAAAGUGUUCACAUCUUUUAAUACGUCCAGUGGAAAAUUGCUGUUGCAGUUACUCUUCAUUUACUACUAGUUCCCCUUCUGAUCAGUCGUUGGUUGAUCGUAAUAUUCGUGUAUUUCCCAGAGAAAGUGAUGAUCAUGUCUUUCAUUCAUUACCAACAAAUCUUCAUAUUUUUGUGAAGAAAAUCAUUACAGAAUGGUUUAAUCGUGGGUUAUCUUAUCAAAAAGCAAAUACUGAUUUAUCUACGUCUAGUAGUCAAGUUAAAAUUGUCUCUCUUAGUGAAGGCAAAUUAUCCGUAAAGGUGAAUAAAUUACGUUUCUGUGAAAGAAUUGGUCGUUCACAUAAAAGUAAUCAUGUAAUUUUGAUCUUUGAUUUUGUCAAUGGCUGUUAUUACCAGAAGUGCUUAGAUCCUGAAUGCCGGCUGGUGGAUUUUCGUUCACCCAGCAUGCCGAUACCUGGUGAAUUUCUUAAUAUCACAUCUAUAUCUACAGAAAGCGAUCGUGGAACAAACCAAUAUGAAGCAGUUGGUGAGGAUGGAGUGCUUACCGCUGAUAUAACAGCUGAAGAUUUGAUGCUGGGUUCAUUACUUGACUACUUGCAAAAGUAAAAUAGUGUAUAAUAAAGAGGAACUAUGAAUCAUCACAAUGUUAUUGUCGCUUAUUUCCUUUCUACUAUAAUCGUAUGAUUUAAAAUGUCAUCUAGUUAAAAGGUUUGUUGAACUUCCAAAUACCGUUUAGUCGUCUGAAAAUAUGAUGACCAAGUCAUUUAAGAAUGAGAUAAGUAACCACGAACCCAUUCAAGACAUCAGUAUAGUUUCAUUUCUAAACCUAUUGGUGUUUUUCGUAACUCCUUUUUUCCAGCACUUCCAUCAUCAGUUUCACAGAGUUUUCUUAUCACUUUAUCUAUUCUGUUGUACAUUUUGAGUGCUGCCUAAAUAUUUCUUAAUCAAUAAACGUAUAUUGUUUCA